UUAUGAAGCUGAAACUGGAACUUGAUAUCACAUAAAUUAUUGGCUCGCUAAAGUGAGAAUUUCCGUUUUAGAGAUGAGCGGCUUCCUGGAAGACCUCACUAAAAGUCACAAGGAGAAAUUGAAAAAGUUCAAGGAAAAUGUUGCCGAUAUCUUGAAACCAGAGCAUAAUGAUGUAUUAUUACUGCGAUUCUUACGGGCAAGGAAAUUUGACCUUAAUAAGACCGAGGUGAUGUUCAGAAACGAUGUUACUUGGAGAAAAGAGAACAACAUCGACACCAUUUUGGAAACGUUCGAGGUCCCUGAGGCCUUGAAAACAUACUGGUGUGGAGGAGUAUCUGGAUUGGACAAAGAGGGUCAUGGUGUUUAUAUAUCACCAAUGGGUAACUUCGAUCCUAAAGGAGUGCUAUAUUCAGCCAAGACCAGUGAUAUCCUCAAGACCUAUGCUCAUUCACUUGAGGACCUGAUGCAAAGUCAUGCGCGUCUUUCAGAACAGAGAGGAUUGAAGCAUACUGAGGGAUCUUUGAUGAUCUUUGACAUGGAGAACCUUGGAGUACAUCAUCUAUGGAAACCUAGUAUUGAUAUUUUCCUCAAGAUGGCUGUCCUAGCUGAGCAACAUUAUCCUGAGCUCAUUCAUCGUAUGUACAUUAUCCGUGCACCCAUGGUGUUCCCGGUCGCUUACACCAUCUUCAAACCAUUCCUACAAGAGGAGACAAGGAAGAAACUACACGUUCUAGGAAGUAACUGGAAGGAAGUUUUGUUGAAGCAGAUAGACCCCGAUCAGCUGCCGGUUUACUGGGGAGGAGCCAAGACAGAUCCUGAUGGAAACGAGAUGUGUUCUUCACUGAUCAAGAGUGGAGGCAAGAUACCCAUCUCCUUCUACCUGAAAGACCGGGAGCCACCCCACACAUGGGCUACACACCAGGUAUCUAGGGCAGGAGUCGUGGAAUUCGAGUACCAGGUUACAAAGCCCAACAGUGUCUUGAGGUACGAAUUCCAGACAGAUUGCAACGACAUCAAAUUCGGCUUUCAUCUCGUGGACUCGAAGGGUAAGAAGACGGCCAUUUUGAAACUGGAGAAAUACAACAGUCACAUGGUACCUGAGAACGGUGAAGUCUUGAUAACCAAACCCGGCAAAUGUGUGGUCACAUUUGACAACAGUCACAGCUGGAUCCAAUCAAAGAAGCUCUCCUAUUGGCUGGAGCUCUUGGAACCCAGUGACGUCAUAGACAUGAAGCAAGAAUAGCGGGAUUGAUAGACCUAGAGGAGACAUCUGCAUAUGUAGGCAAUAAAAUAAUAAAACAAUAAACCUACUUUUCAA